UUAAGCACGUUGUCACUUGAAAAUUGAAAUCAGAGAGAGAGGAGAGAGAGAGAGAGAGAAAUUGAGAGAAAUGGAGUCGAAGGCUGCGAAUACAACAACAGUGUCGGCGAUGGAUGCGUUCGAGAAGCUUGAGAAGGUGGGAGAAGGAACGUACGGGAAGGUUUACAGAGCGAGGGAGAAGGCGACUGGGAAGAUCGUGGCCCUCAAGAAGACUCGUCUCCAUGAGGACGAGGAAGGCGUCCCUCCCACCACUCUUCGUGAGGUCUCCAUUUUGCGCAUGCUCUCCAGAGACCCCCACAUCGUCAGGUUGAUGGAUGUGAAACAAGGGCAGAACAAGGAAGGCAAGACUGUGCUUUACUUGGUGUUUGAGUACAUGGACACUGAUCUUAAGAAGUACAUCCGCACCUUCCGUCAAUCUGGAGAAUACAUACCUUCCCCCAUCGUUAAGAGCCUGAUGUACCAACUUUGCAAAGGUGUUGCCUUUUGCCAUGGUCAUGGAAUCUUACACAGGGAUCUUAAGCCUCACAAUCUCCUCAUGGACCGCAAGACAAUGAUGCUUAAAAUAGCUGAUCUUGGACUAGCUCGAGCCUUUACUGUACCACUCAGGAAGUAUACUCAUGAGAUAUUGACCCUGUGGUAUAGGGCUCCUGAAGUCCUUCUGGGAGCUACACAUUACUCAACUGCAGUGGAUAUCUGGUCUGUUGGCUGUAUAUUUGCUGAACUUGUCACGAAGCAAGCACUCUUCCCGGGGGAUUCUGAACUGCAGCAGCUCCUACAUAUAUUCAGGUUGUUAGGUACUCCAAAUGAAGAAGUGUGGCCAGGUGUAAGCAAACUCAUGAACUGGCAUGAAUACCCCCAGUGGAACCCUCAAAGUUUGUCCAAGGCUGUUCCCAAUUUGGAUGCGAUGGGGUUGGAUUUGUUAUUGCAAAUGUUGCAAUAUGAGCCUGCAAAACGCAUUUCAGCAAAGAAAGCUAUGGAACACCCUUACUUUGAUGAUCUGAACAAGGCUUCUCUUUGAUGAAGCAAAUGUGGAUCGGGAUGGCUUUAUUUGGAUCCUCUUGGCUAGAUAUUCUGUAGUAGUGGAUUUUAUUUGCUUUCCUCAAGCAUAUCUGCAGUUGUGUUAAAUCUUAGGAUCGAUCAGCAAAAGUGGAUUGCUCAACUUUGCACUUAAUUCAGAAAUCUGAUUAGGAGACUGGAAAUUGUCUGUGUAUUGCUUACAAUUUGACAAAUUGCCUACGGUCGUAAUAUUCUAUUCAAUUAGAAGGUUGAUGUAAAAUUUUGCUUCAAUG